GCAACGCUUUCCAAGCCAGUGGAAAAAUAUGUGUAACUGUAAAUGUCAUCUGUCUAUAUCUCACAUGUAGGGUCAUACUCCCUCAGAACACCUUUUGCUGGAGGUUACAGACGGUUUAGAAGUUCAGAGAAGCAUUUUAAUGUUUGCUGAAAUGACACCAGGUUCAAACCACACACUCGCAAGGAAAGGGAUUGAAAGAAAUUGCUGUGUACUGUACAGACAACAGAAACCCAGACCUGAGAAGAACUGCCACAUUUCAGGGUCAAGAACAAAGGAUCAGAGACAUACGAGAUCCCCCUGCCUCAGGAACUGUCUGACGUUUUGCUUCAAGGACCGGGCGAGGAUGGCGCAAAGGGAAGCAUCAGGGGAUUCUCAUGUUGAAGGGACCGAAGGAAGACACAAGGAACUGUGUUCAAUGUGGUUCAUAGACACUCAAGUGCCACUCAUCGUCCACAACGGCUUCUUCCCCACUUGGUUCCUGGGCUUCAUCACAAGACAGGAGGCUGAAGAAAUACUCAGAGAAAAGGAGCUGGGCUGUUUCCUGAUCCGUCUCAGUGAUAAGGCCAUCGGAUACAUACUGUCCUAUAAAAGCAGGAAUCGGUGUCGACAUUUUGUGAUAAACCAAAGUGAAUCAGGACAGUUUGUAGUUUGUGGAGACACUGAAGGACACCACUCGGUCUCUGAUCUCAUAGAAUACUACAAGACGAGCUCCAUUCAGCCGUUUGGAGAGUACCUGACAUCUUCGUGUUUUGAGGGGCUGAAUAAAGAGUUGUAUGAUAUCAUCCAGGUUAGCUCUAAAGAAAAGCCUGUUGGAGCUGUGAAGAACACGCGAAAACCACAGGUUGACUUGAUCUCUGAGCAGCCGCCUGCACGGCCACCAAAGAGCAACAGGACACUAGAGGAAGUUCCACCUUUGCCUCGGAGGAGCAGGCACUUCGAUAGUGGACCCCUGAUUGACCCGGAAAGGGUUUUGUAUGCUCAGUUUAAAAAGCAAUCACCCAGGGAGAUACCAAGAUUCCAACCCCUCUGUCAGGAAAAUGUAGAUACUCCGUGGAGAGCUGGAAGAUCCACAACCCAGGAUCAGAACAUAAGCAGGUGUAGUUCUCCGUCUAGACCAGAGUCUGUUUACUCUGAGCUCGACCUGCUGGAAACCAAAAGCAGGUCUCUACCGCUUCUGAACAACAGCUCUGACGGAGAGCAGUCUUACAGGCUGAGUGCACCCCCCCACACGCCACCAAGACUUUCCCCUAAGCCCGUCAGACAAGCCACUUGCUGUGGCCCACUGCCAGAGGGGACAGACUCGAGCAGCAGAGCAAGCAGCAGCCACAGCCAGGAAUACAUGAGUGACAGCGUCGUCUAUCACCUGGCUGGCAGGCCCGGGAGCCCAUACACUACAUCGUCAGGGACCAGAUCAUCAGCAUCAGAGCAGCACAGUAAUUCAGUGUACGCUGAGGUCUCCAAUAAAGCCACCGUUGUCCAAUUCCCCCAUACUUAUGAGCAGAUUGCUGGCCACGAGGACACAGAUGCACCUAAACCCAACAGCAACACUUACGAGCCUCUGAAGGACAUCAGACCGAAACACAACCACUGCUCCUGGGGGCUAAAAAAUAAUACAUGGCAAUGGCUGUUCCCUGGGUCCAAGAGGAAAUGGUGAAGAGGUUACAUUUCCAGCUACUGACCCUAUAUUGGUCCUGCCUAAUACAAACUCUGUGAAAGUUUAUUUUAUAUUUAACAUGGGCUUACAUGUUCAUAGCUAUUCAAAUGACAUUUGCUUUUAAAUGUAUUUAUAAAAAAAAUGUGUAACCUAUUUAUAUUUUCUUUUCCACAUUUAAAUAAAUGACAGAUU